AUGGCGUCUAUGAACUUUGUAACGUUCAACCAGGACCACAGCCACCUCGGCGUCGGCACUACCAACGGCUACCGCGUAUACACCACCGACCCAUUCAACAAGCAGUCAGAGUCCCGUGAGGGUGAUGUGUCUAGCCUCGAGAUGCUCUUCUCGACUUCCCUGGUGGCUCUCACCCUGUCGCCACGGGUUCUGCGCAUACAAAACACCAAGCGGCACUCGACUAUCUGCGAGAUGACCUUCCGUACCGCGAUCCUGGCGAUGAGACUGAACAGAAAACGACUGGUAGUGGUGCUCGAGUCUGAGCUCUACAUCUACGACAUCAGCAAUAUGCAGAUGCUGAAGACAGAGAAGACAUCGCCAAAUCCUAAUGCGAUAUGUGCCCUUUCCGCAUCCUCCGAGAACAACUAUCUCGUAUACCCUCUGCCUACAAAAGCGGCGCCAGCUACCUUUCAACCGCCCUCGCAUGCGCCGCCCAAGUCAGACCAUGUUGCACCCACCAGCGGCGAGGUCCUCAUAUACGACGCUACAAAGAUGGAGGCAGUCAACGUGAUAGAGGCCCACAACUCUCCUCUGUCAUGUAUAGCGCUCAACAACGAUGGAACCUUGUUGGCGACUGCUUCCGAGAAGGGCACUAUCAUCCGCGUCUUUUCUAUCCCAGAUGCACAGAAGCUCUACCAGUUCAGGAGAGGGUCCAUUCCUGCCAGGAUAUACAGCAUGUCGUUCAACUCGACUUCCACGCUGCUCAGCGUCUCGUCAGCAACAGAGACGGUCCAUAUCUUCCGCCUUGGUACGCCAAACACCAGCCGCAGCAACAGCGUUUCUUCCGCCACUGGUAAACCGGCAGCGAAUUCUCGCGGGCGUAGCAGUAGUCGUGCGAGUGAAGAAGUCCCAGACGAGUUUGGAGACAGUCUUGGAGAUUUUACAACUCCGGAGCGCAAGCCGUUGAAUCCCACCUUUGGCAGCCUGAUACGGCGGACAUCACAAACUGUUGGCAAGUCGUUCGCUGCCACUGUCGGGGGCUAUUUGCCGAGCGCAGUGGCGGAGAUCUGGGAGCCAUCACGCGACUUUGCAUGGGUGAAGGUACCUAAGUCGCCUAACAGUGCUUCUAGUGGACCUAUCAGGACUGUGGUUGCACUCAGCAACAAUGGACCGCAGAUCAUGGUAGUCACCAGCGAAGGCAACUACUACGUCUUCAACAUCGAUCUCGAGAAGGGAGGCGAGGGGACGCUGUACAAGCAAUACUCGCUCACCGAACCGAAUGAACUCACGUCAAGCGGCAUGCAGGACUACGCUGACUAG